AUGGGUAGAUCGUCAGAGAAGGACAAAGCCAGCAAGAAGGACAAGCGUAAGGAAAAGAGCAAGCAGAAAGAAGCUCUCCAGCCCCAGGCACCUCCGCGUACAAUUCCUACGCCAUCCGCCCUGUCCGCAUCGCUGCCACCAGUCCCUGUUGUGGCUGCCAACAUCCCGCCACCACCAUCGGUCAACCUGCUUGCCAACGACCAGGUACAGGUAUCUGAAGAACGCCCCGAAGCACCACCGCAUACAUCCGGACAGGAGCCUAAUGCUACUGUCUUGACGGGGAAGCGUGCCAGAAGCCCGGACCCGGAAGCCGACGCACACACUCGCAAGCGCGAGAAGAAGCUCAACAAGAUCCUCACUUACAUGUACCACGACACCCAUUCUGAUACCGUCAGCGACGAGAUCAAGAGCUACCGUUUUGGAGCCCGUCUGGCCUCCCGCGUGGUGCAUCCAUUCGUCAAUGCGCACGAUGCACUCGUCUUUGGCCAGCACUACGCCGACACCAGCGCUGAACUCUUGGACUCGGACGACGACUCCGACUCCGACUUAGGAUCCGACUCUGAGGGCACGGCAGACAAGCGGAAGGCUAGGGAGACAGAGCGGCAGGAAAGGCGCGAAUACAUCUUUCAAUACCAUGCCAUUCUCGAUGUCAUGCCGAACCUCAAGACAGACUUACCCCUGCUCGAUGCAGACCAGCUCGUGACAUAUACAAACUUUGUUAAUCAUUUCGCGCGGGCGUCCCGAGGGGACGACACGAACUCGCUCCGCAAGGACAUCCUCCUCCUCUACCGCGAGGAAGGAUUGCACCUCGAUCCUUCGUAUUCUGAAGCACCUUCUAACCUCGUGAAGCACAGGCGCGGGUGGGAAAACAACUACACCGUGCGUCUGUUGUGCCCCCAAGAGCUCCUCGACACGUACAAUGGCGAUCCGGAAGUGUUCCGCAAGCGCGUCAAAGCUGGCACAAUCAAGAUCACGCCGGGAGCAUACUGUGCUCUCCUGUACGACCAGAAGCUCGCAGCAACAUCAUCCAGCGAAGGCGACGAGCACAUCGGCCUUCUGAGGAGCCUGCUGCUCGUUGCGUGUUACAAGUGUGUGUGGACCGGCCGUGCGAACACGUUCCUACCCGGAGUUGCAGCUGGGCCCUGCGCUGGCAAACAGCCGAUCUCGCGCGUGUACAAUGUUGGCCGCGUGAACCCGCGCAGCAUCGCCUAUGUCAUUAUCCUGGCCCGUUUCAGCCUGACUAGUCAAACGUCGUUUGGUGUGCUCGACAAUGUCGGAAAGUUCAGCUAUCUGGAGCUGUACACGCGAAUCCUCAGCCUCUUCCGCGACGCGGAGUCCCCAUGGUGCAAGGAGACGCUAGCGUGGUGGGACAUGCAGGUUUACGGUGUCGCGCCGGCUGUGCCUAUCCGCGGCGAGGAGCCUGAGGAAGAGACUGCAGCGGACCGACUCGAGCGCCGUCAGAAAGCCGAGAGAAAGGCUCGUCGGCAGGCGACGUCGCGCGUGCACACACAAGGCUCUUCGCACCCGCGAGGCUCGUCGAGCCCCGGUCCCUCCUCCGGCUAA